CUCUUUCUAGCUUGUAAGAUAUUUGAAAGAGUCUCUUCUAAUCUUCAAAAAUCUCCCACUUUCAUUACGUACAAGUUAUCAGAAGCAACUAUGCCAAUCUCUGCCACUCUAUCCAUUUCCAGCGGUGUUGCCGGAACCUUACUUUCCGUUGAGUUCCAGCAACUGGAUCGUGUUGAAAUCAAGCUCUCUCAAAACCCCAGAAAGCAUUGUAUUUAUGGACACCGUUUUCCAAGUUACAAGUGCUUUUGGCAAGUGCCCAGAAGCGGAAAGUUGAAGAAUUUCAAGCCUAGAGAGUUGCCUUUUCAUUUUGCUUACGGAAAAGACGCUGAAGAUAGAUCUCUUUCGAAUCUGAGUGAGGAUACCGAUGAAAUGUUUGAUGAGUUGUUUAAAAAAUAUGGAAAAGUUGUAUUUAGGAGAAAUGACCAAAAGCUUCCAAGUGCUGAAGUUGAUGAUGACGUAGAAAGCUUAUCAUUUGCUGUGGCAAUGGCCCAAGUUGCGAGUGAUGUGAAGGCUGCAGACAUAAAAGUUCUCUUUGUGAAGCCUCUUGUAUAUUGGACCCGGUUUUUUAUCAUUGCAACAGCAUUUUCUCGCCCUCAGAUUGAUGCUAUUGGGUCCAGAAUAAAAGAUCUAGCUGAGAAUAAGUAUGGAAGGAUUCCAACUGGGGACUCAAAACCGAACUCCUGGACCCUUUUGGAUUUUGGUGAUGUCGUAAUCCACAUUUUUCUUCCAGAUCAGAGAGCCUUUUACAACUUGGAAGAGUUUUACGGAAAUGCAACUCCAAUUGAGCUGCCCUUCGAAAAGCAACCCCCAUUGCAGAGUUGAGUUACAUCAAAAGCUUGUGCUGAUCAAUGCAGUGUCGGCCAGCUUUUAGGGAGAUAGAUUUCCCCUCCAAUCAUUUCCAUCUGCUCAAAGAAUCUGAUCUGAAAACCUGCAGAGGGCCUGCACAUUGUUGAUUGUCCAUUUAUGGACAUGUAUGUGCUUGAGAUGAUCAUUCACUAAUCAACGAUGGGCUAUGAGAAUGGUGCAAUGUUGUAACAUCUCAGAUCUAAUUAUUUCUGUUCCAGUUUAGAAGAAAUAUAACUAUUUCUUGUUCAAUUAGAGCAUUAAGGGGUUUGAUAAAUUUUGUACCUCUGAAAAAUGCAGCAUUUGAUUCAGAAUGGCUCCUCAAUAAUAAGCAAUGAAGAAGGUUAUGAGAGA